CAGAUGAUGUGGCUAAACAUCUUGUGAAUUUUUAUACGAAUAAAAUAAAAUAAUUGAAUUAAAUGUUCGCAUAGUAUGAUGUCAAAAUGAUUUUAUUAAGAGCUAUAUUAUUUAUGUUAUUUAUUUCAUUGCACCAUUGUAGAUACCCAGAUAAAGUGUAUUGUGUUAACAAGGAAUGUAGCGAACCAAUAUCUAAAGCUAAAACCCUCCUGGCUUAUAAUAGCCCCGAUAAGGACCUGAUUUCUUUUCGGGGGAAUUCAGACGCUGUCAUUUACAUGAAGUCAGCUGGAACGAACCCAGACUUAUGGUACGCUGAUAUUAAUGGACAACUUGGAUUUGUCAACAAGCAAUUUUUAAGAGAAAAUAAAGUAUAUGUUAAGAACCCAGCAGAAAUUGUUCCCAUGCAGAAAAAGGCAGAUGUUCAGCCUGAUAAAGUUCAACAUGCACAUGAAGUUUUUGAGGGCACUACUAUUUACACAACAGAAUCUACAAUCAGUUCUGAGCAGCCUGAUAUCACUGCAGAGUUACCUGCAGUUGUUCCUCAGCAAGAUUACACUCCUGUCUUGAAUAUUGGUGAAAAUGUUCUUGACCCAAAUAAGUUAGGCACUGAAGCCACUCCUAGCCAAAGUAGUGAUGAUAAUUUGUUUGACCAAAGUGUGAAGACUGAUUCCGUAAAGGAGAACGAAUCUGGUGCUGAUGUUCCAAGUAGUGAACCAAUCCAGGUGCAAACUGAAAAUAAUUUGUCUGCUAGUACUGAUACAAAUCAAAAUGUUCAGGCCUCCACUGACAGCAGUACACAACAACCAGUUGAUGACACUGUUCAGAAUGUCCAAAAUCCAGAGCUUCCAGUAGCUGCUGAAAUUCUUCCCCAACCACAGCAGUUGGUAUCAGGUGCAACUAGCAAUACAGUGAAUUCUGAUAACAUUGUAGAUGUGACUGACAAAGUUGAUUACCUACAGCAAGGGUUGACCCAGCCUGAGUCUUUGGAAAACAUGGAACCAAAUGUGUCAACCCCAGCCAAUGCUAAUAUUGAAAAUGCCACUCCACAACCAUAUGAAACUACAACUGAACAAACUUUCACUACAGCAAAUGUACAAACAGACUCUAAUACACAACAACCUCUACAAGCAUCCACUGAUGGAUUACCUGCAUCAGAUCUAAACAAUCAAAAUCCACAACCUCCGCAUGUGCCUGUACCCCCCGAAUAUAAUAAUGGUGCUUUUGGAAGCAAUAACCAAAAUUAUGAUUACAAUGCCAACCAACAGUAUUACCAAGGUAAUUUAGGCCAACAACAGUAUAAUCCCACUACUUAUCCAGAGGGAUUAACAGAAAUUCCAUCAACUGCUGGAGUGCAACAGGAUUUUGGCAAUAGUGGAGGCGCUCCGGAAACCACAACAGCUGGUCCUGUGUACCAAGAAACCACUACCGGUUAUACUUACAGUUACUCAAGCCCUGACCCAACCCCUCAGCCUAUAGAGGCUGAAUCAACUCCAAGUAACACUUAUUACCAAACACCUGAACAGCCUCUUGUUCAAGACAGUACGGGCAGUGUAUAUAGUUAUCCUAGUUCAACUGAAAACACAAUUGCUCCACCAAACCCGGAAUCAGCUUUUCAGUAUGCAAGCUAUGCCAGUUCAGAAACAAAUGCACCACAACAAUUUACCACAGAAUCCUACUCAGAAGUAACCAACACUCCAGAGAGUCUAGCAACUACAGAAUCAAAUCUAGUUAGUACUGAAACCAUUCCUGCUAGCAUAGAAACAUCCACAGAUAAUUAUUACUAUGCUAGUUCUGAAGCUACUAGCCAAGAAUUACCUACAACAGAAGCUGAUAAUCUGCAGACUUCCACAGAAACUCCAAUGGUGGAUUAUUUGAAAUCACCAGAACCACCUGUAGAUCCCAAUACAGUGUCGUUACCGGACACAGAGUCGUCUAGCACAGGAUUUUUCUCUGGUUUAUUCACUAGUGUAUUAGAUUUAUGGCCCUCUAAAGCAGAAACUUCAGAAGAAAGUAUUUUCAAUCCUGAUUUGGCUAAUGAAGGAGAAGAAACAUUCUCUUACUUUAAUUACUUUCUGUCUACUUAUAACUCUGUUAUGGGAGCUAAACCUCAAUCUAAUGCACUUUUUGCAUCUUCUGGCAACACAUGUUUUACUGAUGAAUAUUGUGAUGGCACAUCUAAGGAGCAAAACAACCGCUUCUUGACCUUCCUGGUGACUACAGCCAGCUCUGUCCUAUUCUUCAUAUUGGGAUUCUACUACAUAGAUGGCCGGAGAAGGGACGGGAAACUUAUUGGCACCAUUAAUACAUUGCAGAGAGACUUACUUUUCUCAACCAAGGAGUGUGAGCUUCUAAAGGAGGAGCUUACUUCUACAAAAACCAAACUAGCUGGCAUUGAAGACAAUUCUUUCGGCAUGGAUGACAUGGUACAAUCAUUAAAAGAAGAGAUAGAAGAAUUAAAAGCCCAAAAUGAAAGGCUUCGAAAAUCUUUAGAUGACAAUGAGAAAUUAUUACGGGUUUCUGAAAACACAGCCAUGGAACUGCAAAAUACUUUAAGUGAAGUAGAGAAUACUCUUAGUGAGCUCUUAGGGGAUAGAGCACAUUCUGAAGAGCACAUAGCAGAUUUAAAUAACAAAAUCCAGGCUUUUGAAGAAGAAUUGAUAUCAGUCAGUCGAGAGAGAGACAACUUCCAGUUAAAGUAUGUGUCUGCUGAGGCUGCCCUAGAAGAAUCCAGAAAACAAAAGAAGCAGCUAGAAGAACUCAACACAUUGCUGGAUGAGGCCAACAAUACAAUACAACUGCAAAACCACGAACUAACUGCUCUGAAAGAUGUAAUCAAAGAACUGAAGAGUGGAUCCAAAUCCAACGUUGAUGCUGCAUCUCUAAUAGAUCACACUGAAAUAAAGGCCAAGCUAUCAAAAGCUUUGGAAGAAAAACAUACUUUAGAAAGCAAAUAUGAAAUUGAACAUAAAGAACGAACACGGCUGUCAGAAGAAUUGCAAUCCACGCAAGAGACGCUAGCCACUACCAGCCAGCAAGCCACGGAGGCCUCGACCAGGCUUGAGGUGCUCGGGAAGUACUUCCAGGAGAGAGAAAGUGAAUUGAUGAAAGAGCUUAGUGCCAAAGAAUCUCUAUAUCUGAGCAAACAAGGCGAGUCAGCGAGUACGGUGGAAAAGAUCGAAUUAAUGCAGCAAGAGGUUCAGAGAUAUAAGGAGAAAUGCGACGCGCUGACACUAGAGUUAGCGGAACAAGAGUCGGCACGGCGCGCAGCAGUAGGUGCGCUAGAGGCCAAAGCGCACGCCGCGUGGCUGGAGGCGCGCGCGGCGCGGCGCGACGCCGACGCGGCGCGCGACGACGCGCAGGCGCUGCGACGCAAGAUGGCGUCGCUCACGCGCGCUGAGGGCGCUGCUUCGCCGCACAGACAAAUGUCGUCGCCUUUGGACAGCUUGAACACCGACCCCGGCGUGGGCGUGGUGCCGCCUCCGCUGCCGCCGCUGGCGUUCCUGCCGCCGCCGCUGCUGCCGCCGCUGCCGCGCCCGCCGCCGCUCGGCCGCCUGCCCUCCCCGCACCAGCCUAGAUACGAUAGGCGCUAUUCGCCCGAAAGCCGGUAUUCGCCAGAGAGCCGGUAUUCGCCCGAAAGCCGGUACUCGCCCGAGAGACGGUACUCGCCGGACCGCAUGAGGGCUCCGGAUAGGAAAUACUCGCCUAAUGACCGCCGCAAGGUCUACUCGCCGCGGUCUAGGCGACGGUCGUCCAGAGAUAGGUACGAAGAAGGGCGCGGCUCGCGAGCGCGCAACGGCCCAGGCGACACGGAGACCGAGUACAACUCGGACAGUCCGUCGCGAGAGCGCGGCCGACGUAGGAGAUACUCGCAUUCAGGUCCUAGCUCCGGAUCGGGAUGCUCGUCAGAAUCGGACAAAUGAACAGGUAUCUAAGAAAUUGUAAGGUGCAUAGAUCAUUUUGCCGAGUAUAAAAUGCCAAACUGUACUUUAAUCAUAUUUUAGAAUCGCUCACAUAAUUCGAGACUUAAUUUAAGUAGUUAAUAAUUUAAAAUUUUAUCCAGCCAGAAUUAAAAUUUAAUUUUAAGGUCUUGUUUAGGUUCCUGGUCAAUGUAUCUUAUUUUAGUUUGGUAUUAUGUGAGCUUCUUCAUUCAAAGAAUAAAUAAAUUAGAUGAAUACAGAAGAGGCUUAAAGGGAAAAGGUAGGAAUGAAUGAAUUACCUAAUUAGGUGUAAAUAUUUUUAUUCACGUUGGUGCAUGAUAGUAUUUGUUUUAUGCGGCCGUGACACCGCCAUACCUCGAGAUAAUGUUAUAUUGAAUCAAUUGUUUUAUAUGCUUUAAAUAUACUUCAUCUACUAAAGUGAAUAAAAUAUAAUGUUGACUAAUAUAGGCAGUUAAACACACACGUUUUAUCCAGAUGCAACUCCAUUAAUUAUUAAAAUUGUCAUUGAUUUUAUGGAAUAUAUUAUUAAUUACGAAUUUAAAAUGCUAGUAGACAACCAAUUAUACAAAUCAAAGCUAAAAAUGUAAUUUUUGCGACUUUCAAUUUAUCUGAAAUACAAGUUGCUUUAAGGGGAUUGUUUGUAUACUUGAAAUUUCGAUUUAUUACUUUUUUAAUGUCUUCGUGACUUGCAGACUUCGUGAGAUUUGUAAAUGUAAACAGAUACGAACCUUAAUAGCCAUAUAUCUACCAUAUCUAUUACCUCAAAACAUUCGACGUAUGGCGUGGGAAGUAGCGAGGAACGUAGAGACGAAGUAUGGCCACAUUACUCGUCAUUGGUCAUCAUACGUACUUCCCUCGGCACUUGUAUGGGAACUUGGCGACUGUGUGACUGGGGUAGGUAUAUAACUAGUCGUAUCAAAUGGAUGGAUUUGAUUGAUGUAUUAUUCUUUAAACUUACUGUCACUGCUGACUUCUCUAGUUCCUCUAUUCGAAGUUGUAUACACUUCUUAGUAAAUAAAAUGGCGUCACCUUUAAGAUAAAAAAUCCAAAUAAGAAUUAAAGUAUUUUAUUGAACGAAAACGAUAUCAAUAAUAGGUAGCAUGCAUAUAUUAAAAUUUUAAUAAAGUAAAAAGUAUACCGCAAUAUACGAAUGCAUUUAGCCGCACAUUUUUUUUCAAUUUGGUGCUCUAUAAAUUUGACUUUUUCUAUAUGGUUUGUCAAAGUAUUCCAUACUCGAGCAAUAACAAUUUCCUCGUAAAUCAGUUUAGUCUGAUUUUGUAAUUUAUUGUUUUGUUAGUCAUUUAAUUGUAUUAUAAUAAAUAAUUUUAUCUAUUAA